CAGGACCAGGACUCUUCUCCCAGACCUUAGGGUCCUGCUCAACCAAAGGCCUUCCCUGCCAUGCUACCUGUCAGUGCCUGGCAGCGGAGCCCGUGGGGGCUGCGGCUGUGCCUGCUGUGCAGCUUGUGCUUGGGGUCCCCAUCCCCUUCCACGGACCCUGAGAAGAGGGCCGGAAGCCAGGGGUUGCGGUUCCGGCUGGCUGGCUUCCCCAGGAAGCCCUACGAGGGCCGCGUGGAGAUACAGCGAGCUGGUGAAUGGGGCACCAUCUGUGAUGAUGACUUCACGCUGCAGGCUGCCCACGUCCUCUGCCGAGAGCUGGGCUUUACAGAGGCCACAGGCUGGACUCACAGUGCCAAAUAUGGCCCUGGAACAGGCCGCAUCUGGCUGGACAACUUGGGCUGCACUGGGACUGAGCAGAGUGUGACUGAAUGUGCCUCCCGGGGCUGGGGGAACAGUGACUGUACCCAUGAUGAGGAUGCCGGGGUCAUCUGCAAGGACCAGCGCCUCCCUGGCUUCAAGGACUCCAAUGUCAUCGAGGUGGAGCAUAACCCGCAAGUGGAGGAAGUGCGACUGCGACCAGGAGUCGGGUGGGGCAGGCGGCCCCUGCCCGUGACUGAGGGACUGGUUGAGGUCAAGCUUCCUGAUGGCUGGUCGCAAGUGUGUGACAAAGGCUGGAGCGCCCACAACAGCCACGUGGUCUGCGGGAUGCUCGGCUUCCCUAGCGAAAAGAGGGUCAACACGGCCUUCUACAGGCUGCUGGCCCAGCGGCAGCAACACUCCUUUGGUCUGCAUGGGGUGGCGUGCGUGGGCACGGAGGCCCACCUCUCCCUCUGUUCCCUGGAGUUCUAUCGUGCCAAUGACACCACCAGGUGCCCUGGGGGGGCCCCUGCGGUGGUGAGCUGUGUACCAGGCCCUCUCUACGCGGCGUCCAGUGGCCAGAAGAAGCAACAACAGUCGAAGCCUCAGGGGGAGGCCCGUGUGCGUCUAAAGGGUGGAGCCCACCCUGGAGAGGGCCGGGUGGAAGUCCUGAAGGCUGGCACGUGGGGCACAGUCUGUGACCGCAAGUGGGACCUGCAGGCAGCCAGCGUGGUGUGUCGGGAGCUGGGCUUCGGGAGUGCUCGAGAAGCUCUGAGUGGUGCCCGCAUGGGGCAGGGCAUGGGUGCCAUCCACUUGAGUGAAGUUCGAUGCUCUGGACAGGAGCCCUCCCUCUGGAAGUGCCCCCACAAAAACAUCACAGCUGACGACUGUUCCCAUAGCCGGGAUGCUGCAGUCCGAUGCAACCUACCCUACAUUGGGGUGGAGGCCAAGAUCCGACUCAGUGGGGGCCGCAGCCGACAUGAGGGGCGAGUCGAGGUGCAAGUAGGGGGACCUGGGUCCCUUCGCUGGGGCCUCAUCUGUGGAGAUGAUUGGGGGACACUGGAGGCCAUGGUGGCCUGUAGGCAACUUGGUCUGGGCUAUGCCAACCACGGCCUGCAGGAGACAUGGUACUGGGACUCCGGAAACAUAACAGAGGUGGUGAUGAGUGGAGUGCGCUGCACAGGGACUGAGCUGUCCCUGGACCAGUGCACCCAUCAUGGCACCCACAUCACCUGCAAGAGGACAGAGACCCGCUUCACUGCUGGAGUCAUCUGUUCUGAGACCGCAUCAGAUCUGCUGCUGCACUCAGCACUGGUGCAGGAGACCGCCUAUAUCGAGGACCGGCCCCUGCACAUGCUGUACUGUGCUGCAGAAGAGAACUGCCUAGCCAGCUCGGCCCGCUCAGCCAACUGGCCCUAUGGCCACCGGCGUCUGCUCCGAUUCUCCUCCCAGAUCCACAACCUGGGACGAGCUGACUUCAGGCCCAAAGCUGGGCGCCACUCCUGGGUGUGGCACGAGUGCCAUGGGCACUACCACAGUAUGGACAUCUUCACUCACUACGAUAUCCUGACCCUAAAUGGCACCAAGGUGGCUGAGGGCCACAAAGCCAGUUUCUGUCUAGAAGACACUGAGUGUCAGGAGGAUGUCUCCAAGAGGUACGAGUGUGCCAACUUUGGAGAGCAGGGCAUCACCGUGGGUUGCUGGGAUCUCUACCGGCAUGACAUCGACUGUCAAUGGAUUGACAUCACAGAUGUGAAGCCAGGAAACUACAUUCUCCAGGUGGUCAUCAACCCAAAUUUUGAAGUAGCAGAGAGUGACUUCACCAACAACGCAAUGAAAUGUAACUGCAAAUAUGAUGGACAUCGCAUCUGGGUGCACAACUGCCACAUUGGUGAUGCCUUCAGUGAAGAGGCCAACAGGAGGUUUGAGCGCUACCCUGGCCAGACCAGCAACCAGAUCAUCUAAAGUGCCACCACCCUCCUCUGCAAACCACCACUGGCCCCUAAUGGCAGGGGUCUGAGGCUGCCAUUACCUCAGGAGCUUACCACAGAACCCCUGAUGUCAGCAGGCCCACUGAACUCAUCUAGCUGUGCACUAUGGAUGUGAAACUGUCAUGCAGAAGAUAUCAUCCUCCUUUAUAGGCCAGCUGUGUGUUUCUGCAGCCUAGCAUGGGGAAUCUUUGCUCCCAGGCCCAGCACCGAGCAGAGCAAACCACAAAGAGCAGCACCUGACUAACUGGCCAGGACAACAAAUGGCAGCAGUUCAUUUUCUUCAAUAGGGAGGUCCAGAUGGUCAGCUCCAGUACCUCUCCUAAGUUCAGGGGGAUACAGCUUUACCUCUAGCCUUUCGGUGGGGGAAAAGAUCCAGCCCCCCCUUCAUUUUUGACUAUAACAUGUUGCUAGGUAUAAUUUUAUUUUAUAUAAAAAGUGUUUUUGUGAUUCUUCAGAGCCCAGGGAUUGGUGCUGGUGGUUGGAGGGACCUGCCCCCCACUGGGUCAUUUAAUCCUCUGUCCAGGUGCCCUCAGAGCCAAGGCUAGGACAGCAAGGAGGAAAUCAGAGCAGGAGCCUCAUACUCUUGCUAAUCCAUUCAUUCUGUGACCUCAGGGGUCACAUAUAAGGUCAGUGUUUCUGAUCCCCGUCGGAUCCGCACUGCCAGCUGGGAUUGGGUUCGAACAGCUUCGUAAACAUCUUCAGCAUUUUGUACCAGCUGCUCCCCAAUGGCCAAAAUCACAUCACCAGGCCGUAGACCAGCCCUAUGGAGAAAGACAGAGAGAAAGGAGGGAACAGACAGCCCAGUUCAAGGACACAUGCACACCUCACUCAUCUCCACCUCACAGUGCAGUCUCUUCCUCACCGGUGUGCUGGGGAGCCCAGGAUGACUUUGUGGAUGAGUACACCAUGUUGAACAUCAGGGAAGCUUGGUUCUCGAAGCUGUAGCUCAGCAAGGAUGCUGAAAGUACACAGAUCACUCUAUUAGCCACACACAGGCACUCUCCCCACCUUGAAUUUACCUCAAGUCUCUCAUUGACACACAAAUAUAUGCACAGGACAUACACUAGGUUCUACAGAUACAACGGCAAUUCAUUUUCUGCCUGCUAGCAGUUAUGAAGUGGGAUAGGUACAUAAAA